UAACAGUAUUGUGACUUUGUCCACUUUUGACGCGAAUAUUCCCCUUUUCUUCUUUUUUUUUUUUUUUUUCUUUAUCUUUACAAAUGACCAAGAUUGUUCAUAUUGUCAUUGUCAAGUUUAAGCCUGAAGUAACUGAACAAGCUAAAGAAGCAACAGCUCAAGCUAUUUUGGCUUUAAAAGAAACUAUCCCUGAAAUUACCAGUGUCACUGCAGGAAAGAAUUUCACAGAUAGAGGAAAAGGAUAUGAAUGGGGUUGGGUCAUUGAAUUAGAUAAAAAGGAGGAUCUUCCUAUUUAUGCAAACUCCAAACCCCACCAGGACUUUUUAUCUCAAUACAAAGAAACAUUUGAAGAUGUACUUGCUUUUGAUUAUGAAUGCUAAU